CUCGCUCACUUCAACAAAGUGGGCAAUAAUACUCAUAUUUCCACCUGGAACCUUUUCCUUGCCAUCGUGCAUCCUCUCGCCUCAAACCUCAACCCUAACCUUGGCUGUCACGCCCGAAUUGCAUGUCAAUCGUCAACAUGGACAAUGUUGUGAGCCUUCUCAAAGCGACGAAGCCGAGCCUGGACUUGUCAUCCACCGACCCGAUUCAGCUGUCCUCGACGUACUUUGGCACGGAAUAUUCCUCCGAGGAAGGAAGUACGAUUAAGGAGCACUUGGCCCCAGACAUGGCCGCUCGGCUUCCUGCCUUGAAUGCUUUCCUCUCCGUGCGCACCACCAUCCUAGGCUCCAAGCCCUCGAUCGCAGACGUUUUUGCAUUCAAGCUCCUGGCACCCGUCGUUUCCAAAUGGUCGCCAGACGAAAGGACGGGCGAGCAAGGCAAUCACCACAUUGUGCGGUUCGUGGACUUCGUGCAAAACGCGCCGGUCUACGGUCCGCUGGCUGUGUCCGCCGGUGACAAGGUCGAGAUUGAUCCGAGCGAUGUCAAGGUUGCGGUCAAGCCCGUCGACAUGAAAGCGGAGCGGGAGAAGAAGAAGCGGGAGAAGGAGGCCGCUGCGGCCGGAGCGCAGGGGAAGCCGGACUUGAAAGAGAAGGCCAAGGACAAGGUUGCUGCCGUUGGCGACAAGCUUGCUGCGACGACGCUCGGGCCCGGAGCCCAGGGCGAAGGAAAGCCUAAGAAGGAGAAAAAGGAGAAAGUGAAGAAGCCUCAGCCACCUCCACCGGUAGAAAAGCCGCUUUCCCCAGCUCUGAUCGAUCUCCGAGUUGGGCACAUUCUCCGUGCCAUCAACCACCCGAAUGCCGACACUCUCUACGUAUCUACCAUCGCCUGCGGGGACCCAGAAGACACGCCGAACACUACCAAAGAUGAGGAGACAGGGAAAAUCGUCCGGACCGUCUGCUCUGGACUAAAUGGAUUGAUCCCUCUGGCCGAAAUGCAGGGCCGCAAAGUCGUGGUGGUCUGCAAUCUCAAGCCGGUGACCAUGCGUGGGAUCAAGUCAUGUGCCAUGGUUCUUGCUGCAUCACCCAAAGUCGCUGAAGGAGGCGAUGCUCAUGCUGGUCCGGUCGAGCUUGUGGCUCCGCCCGCGGACGCGGAGGCCGGGGAGAGAUGCUCCUUCGAGGGGUGGGAGGGCGCACCGGAGCCAGUGUUGAAUCCGAAGAAGAAGAUGUGGGAAGCCGUCCAGCCGGGGUUCACCACGACCGACGCCUUGGAGGUCGGAUUCGAUGUGGCGGCCACGGAUUCGGAGGCAAUGAAGGGGCAGGGGAAGUCGGGCGUUGCAAAACUGACAUGCGGAAAAGGGGUGUGCAAAGUUACUACCUUGAAAGGAGCUGUUGUGCGGUGAUGGAUAGGAUUCAUGACACCGUGUCGAUAUAGAAUUACGAAGGCAUACAAGGGGACUCGAGGGAAGCACCGGAGAGUCCUGAUAUAAAUUCUUCAAACGAAUGUUCUUAGGAACUGAAAUUGGAGAGCCUGUCCCGGUACAAGGUCACCAUCGCAAACACAAAAUUAUGUUCACUGCAUGUCGAAGAUUUAGAUUGGAUCAUGCCUGAUGAAUUGAUCGUCAGAAUAUCAAACUAGAAUAUCUUACUCAAAAC